UAAUAAGAGAACAGAACUGUUGGAUAUCUGUUUACAUCUUGGUCGAACUCAGAGCAGUUCACCCGACCUAUACGCUUAAUUUUGAAGACUUGGAUAUCUAUUGAAGACGCUUUCUGUCCUCUUGCUUUUCGUUAUCAUGGAAAUAGCAAGGAAAUGUCCGUUUUUGGCUCGAGUACCGUCGACUUUUAUCCGUCAAGCUCGCGGCACUGUUCUGUUAUCUUAUGCAGAAACAUGUCCCGUAAUGUCUCAAAUGCUCAACUCUAAGACUCCACAACCACCUACUAUGGGCUCUGGCAUUAAAUCCACUGGUGCAUCAAGUUUGUCUCGGUCUGAUGUUGGCAAAUGCCCGUUCAUGAGCAGUGUUGGCACAAACAAGUUCAACAACAAGGAUGGACCAACUUUUGACUUGCAGGACGAUGUUGGGCAGAAACAUCAUCUACCAACCAAUAAAGGAGCCUUCACGUCCGAUGCCUUAAAUGCCGUCAAAAACAUGGGUAUUGGAUUUGGAGCUAUGAACAAGCUUCAGUAUCAAUCUUACAACCCAGCUCGUUGUAUGACAACUAUUGCUUCAGACACUGCUCAGCCUAAAAGCGUCGAUAAUAUUUUUGAUUAUGAAAAAUUCUUUGACGAAGAGAUAGAAAAGAAAAAGGCUGACAGCACAUACCGGAUCUUCAAGAAAGUCAACCGUUUAGCUCCUGUAUUCCCGCAUGCCAAGGAGUUGAGUGAGACUAUGGACUUCAGGGAUAUUACUGUUUGGUGCAGUAAUGAUUAUCUGGGGAUGAGUAGACACCCUGAAGUACUCAAGAGUGCCAGGGAGACGCUGAACGAACACGGUGUUGGGUCUGGUGGUACACGUAAUAUCUCGGGUACUAGUAGCUACCACGAAGCACUAGAGGCACAGCUUGCAAAGCUACAUGACAAACAAGCAGCUCUGCUAUUUACAUCCUGUUAUGUGGCUAAUGAUACCACCCUCUAUACACUGGGAAAGCUUCUGCCAGGUUGCAUUUAUUUCUCGGAUGCUGGUAACCAUGCAUCUAUGAUCCAAGGUAUUCGUAACAGUGGUGCCAAGAAAUUGAUCUUCCGCCACAAUGAUCCUAAACAUCUUGAGCAGUUACUCCGCGAAGCCGAUCCUUCUGCCCCCAAAGUAGUUGCCUUCGAGACGGUGCAUUCUAUGACAGGGGAUAUCUGCCCUUUGAAGGAGCUGUGUGAUGUAGCACACAAGUAUGGUGCCAUCACUUUUGUUGAUGAGGUCCAUGCUGUGGGUUUGUACGGUGAUAAAGGUGGUGGAGUGGCAGAUCGUGACGGCUUGUUAGCUGAUCUGGACAUCAUAAGUGGCACCCUUGGCAAGGCAUUCGGUGCUGUAGGGGGGUACAUCGCAGGUAGCACUGCUCUAGUGGACACCAUUCGUAGUUAUGGAGCAGGGUUUAUCUUUACCACCUCUCUGCCUCCUGUUACUGUCAAUGCCGCAAGGACGUCCAUUGAAAUUCUUGGCAGUGAAGAAGGUCGUGAACUUCGCAGUCAACAUCAAGCUGUUGUCAAGAGGUUGAGGAACAAAAUGGUACAACGUGGCUUGCCUGUUAUCUAUGCACCGUCCCACAUUGUUCCAGUUCAUGUUGGUGAUGCAAGCAAGUGUACCCAGAUCUCCAAUGACUUGAUGAACAAGUACAACAUCUACGUACAGGCUAUCAACUAUCCUACUGUCCCACGUGGUGAAGAGAGACUUAGGUUCGCUCCAACCCCAAGACAUUCCGAAGAGAUGAUGGAUCACCUAAUUGAAGCGUUGGGUACUGUGUGGACCGACAAUAAAAUGGAGUUCUUGAGCCCUGACUGUAGUAAUACAUGUGACUGCCAGGAUCGUUGUCUUCACGUCAGUGAAUUCUCGUUCAACAAAUACGCUACACCAGUGAAAGCAUGAUUAUCAAACGGCGUCUUUUUCGUACAAUCUUACAUUUACUAGAUAGAUUUGUCAAUAAAUAAUACUUGGUGAAGGGUUAAUUAAUGCAUUUGUAAUCAAACCAUUUUGUUUGUAAUCAGAAAAACAAACAUCAAUCAACUUAUUCUUGCACUUGUAUCAGUAAAAUAUCUAAAUAACUUUCACUUAGAAGACCCAAACAAGAAAUAAAAUUAUCAGUA